AUGGAAGCAGAAGCGGACGGUGUGGCGGAGAAAGUGCAAUCGCUGAGUGACCUGGAGCUCGCGUUGCUGAUAUGUCUUGUCGCGGAGCAGAAUUGCGUUAUCGAGUGUGAAGUUGAGAGUUUGCGGGGGGUGCAGGUGGAACUUGAGCUUGUGGCAGCCAAGGUUUUUGGGCUUGCGUGUGCGGUGUUGGAGUGCGAGGAGGGGAUGUCGCUGGAUGAGUUUGGGAGGGGCAUUUUAGUGGGGGGUGAAGAAGAGGAGGAUGAGGGACGCAUUGCGAAUGUGGUUGUUGCAAGGGAGUUGAAUCGGGCGAGUGAGCAGGUGCAGAUUCAGGCUUUGGAGCUUAUACGCGGAAAGAGGAAUUUCACGAGGACGGCGGUGCAUGCGGCGCCGAAGCCGUUUUUGUUCAUUGCGUUGAAUGCGGCGGAUAGUCCGAGGUUGACUAUGCAUUUGAACGAUCAGUUUUUCAUUUCGCAUAGGCAUCAAGCCGAAGAUGGACUGCCGAAUCUUGAGGAGUUGCAAGAGAAGGAACGCGGUUUUGAUGAUGGCGCUUCGAUGUCUUCGGUGGUGCGUACGGUUCCGUUCAUGGCAGUGAAACCGAAACCGCAGAGUGCAUUGUUCACAUCAGAAGAUCUCGCCAAUCUGGCAAAGCUUACAGCUGGAGUCAAGAUUAGCUCAGAAGUGCGGGCAUAUCUAUACAAUAUCGUCGUCUUUAUGAGGCUACAUCGUGCAGUUGCAGGAGGAGUGUCAGCACUAGCUACAAGACACUUUAGCAUGUUGGCCCAUACACUUGCCCCGCUCCAUGGCUUGGACUACAUGUCUCCGUCCAUGGUUGCGCUGGCCGCUCGCAAGAUAUACCCACAUCGCAUCGUCAUCACUGCGCCGGAGAACGAACGCAGUAUGCAAUGGGGUAGCUCUUUGGAGGCGGUGAAAGCAGUGCUGGAAGGUGUCACACCCGAGGACGUGAUCGAGGAAGUGCUCGAGUCGGUUGAGGUACCACUGUAG